UCCAAUGGCCUUCGCGCCGCCGCGCCUCCUCCCCCUCCCCCCUCCUCCACGCUGCGCCAGCGCCCCCACGCGCCACCACGGUGGCCCGGAGCUCUCGGGCCCCACCCCGCGGGUGGUCGUGGUCACCUCAGGCAAGGGCGGCGUGGGCAAGACCACCACCACCGCCAACCUCGCCGCCUCCCUCGCGCGCCUCUCGCUCCCUGUCGUCGCCGUCGACGCCGACGCGGGCCUGCGCAACCUCGACCUGCUGCUGGGCCUGGAGAACCGCGUACACCUCACCGCCGCCGACGUUCUCGCCGGCGACUGCCGCCUCGACCAGGCGCUCGUCCGCCACCGCGCGCUCCAGGACCUCCAGCUGCUCUGCCUCUCCAAGCCCCGCUCCAAGCUGCCGCUCGCCUUCGGAUCCAAGACCCUCACCUGGGUCGCCGACGCGCUCCGCCGCGCCGCCAACCCACCCGCAUUCAUCCUCAUCGACUGCCCCGCAGGUGUUGAUGCUGGGUUCGUCACUGCCAUUGCCCCGGCAGAAGAGGCCGUGCUUGUUACUACCCCUGACAUUACGGCUCUCCGUGAUGCUGACCGUGUUGCUGGGCUGUUGGAGUGCGACGGCAUCAAAGACAUCAAGAUUAUUGUUAACCGGGUGCGACCAGACCUGGUAAAAGGAGAGGACAUGAUGUCAGCUCUUGACGUGCAAGAAAUGCUUGGGUUGCCUUUGCUCGGUGUGGUGCCAGAGGAUGCGGAGGUGAUCCGGAGUACAAAUAGGGGUGUGCCAUUGGUGCUCAACGACCCGCCCACACCGGCUGGCCUUGCUCUGGAGCAGGCUACUUGGCGGUUAAUUGAAAGAGAUGCGAUGACAGCAGUCAUGGUCGAGGAGCAGGAGAGACCCAAGAAGAAAGGCGGCUUCUUUUCAUUCUUUAGUAGGUGAGUCCAGUCGUGCAGUUUAGACUUGUAGGUGGUGUAUAGGCUAGCAAUCUGGAGUUUCCGAUUGUUUCCCGUUUUGCCUUGUUCUAGGGUAGAAUGAGUCGUUUUGUGCUGAGUAUAAGAAAUAUAUAACUCUGGCUUGAUGCUUUUAUUGUUGGUCGUUGGAAGAUUUGAUUCUACGUUAGGUGACUUUAGCAUCAAGAACAGAAAACGUUCUUUUCUUUUAUUCACAUGGAACUGCACGAUCAUGUGCACAGUGUACUAGAUUGUUGUUGUGCGAGUUGAUAAUAUAAGCAUCAUAGUGCUGUAUGUUCUUCGAGAAUUGUAACAGAAUCACACUUGUAUAUAUCAUAAGAAUGUCCAAUU